AUGGUGACGCGUGCCAAAGCCGGUAUUAGCAAGCCCAAUCCUCGGUAUGCUUUAGUCGCCACCAAACAUCCCAUACCCUCAUCCGUUGAACCGACAUGUGUUUCUCAGGCCAUUAAAGAUCCCCUUUGGCGAGCUGCCAUGUCUACUGAGUUUAAUGCGCUCAUUAGCAAUGGAACGUGGGAGCUUGUUCCAUCUGACUCUACUCAGAAUCUCAUUGGUUGUAAAUGGGUCUUUCGUAUCAAACGACACCCAGAUGGCACUAUUGACAGGUACAAGGCCCGUUUGGUCGCCAAGGGCUUUCAUCAGCGCCCCGGCGUCGAUUUCUCAGAAACUUUUAGUCCAGUGGUUAAGCCCACCACCAUCCGUGUUGUGUUGCAUCUUGCCUUGUCUCAUGGCUGGCCUAUUCGUCAGUUGGAUGUCAACAAUGCCUUUCUUCAUGGCACACUUAGUGACACUGUUUAUAUGUCACAACCCCCAGGUUUUGUUGAUACCAACCUCCCAUCUCAUGUUUGUAAACUCCGAAAGGCUCUUUAUGGCCUUAAGCAGGCACCUCGGGCAUGGUACAAGGAAUUGAGCUCCUUCUUGCUCUCACAAGGCUUCCGCAAUGCUACCUCUGAUGCCUCCCUAUUUAUUUCUACCUUUGGUAGCAAUGUCAUUUAUUUCUUGGUUUAUGUUGAUGACCUUAUUGUUACUGGCAACAAUUCUUCUCUUGUAAUGCAGUUCAUUGCCACAUUGGCUCGCCGGUUCUCUGUCAAAGACUUGGGGUCUCUUCAUUACUUCCUUGGUGUUGAGGUUAUUCCCACCACGACUGGUCUAUUUCUCUCGCAACACCAUUACAUUCGUGAUCUCCUACUCAAAGCCAAAAUGGACGGUGCCAAGGAGGUCAGCACUCCAUUAUCUACUUCUGAUAGUCUUGUGCUCAAUGAUGGGACUCCACCUACUGAUGCUACUCGAUUUCGUCAAAUCAUUGGUGGUCUUCAGUAUCUCAACCUCACACGCCCUGACAUCUCUUUGCCGUUAAUAAGCUCUCUCAAUUCAUGCAUAAGCCUUCGGAGUCUCACUGGCAGGCCCUCAAGCGUCUCCUUCGUUACUUGA